GAGAGAUUCACCUCCUAUAUGACCCCUAUUGACCCUUCAGCCCUACUGGAAAAGCUGACAAUUUUUGUUCUUUGUUUCAUGGAUAUUAUCCUUCGUUUCAAACAAGGCCCAACGCCGCAAACGAUGCUUAUGCUUUGAGCUUUAACGCAGACAAGAAGUAUCAUACGAAAUGGGGGACGUAAACAAUUCGCCAGUCGCGUCGACGCGCUCAUCCAUACCACGCCCGUCGAGGCUUCCACUCCCGUCACAAUCGCUGCGUCAGUCGACAUCGCGAAGCUCUUUAAGAUCAUCUACAAAUACUAUACCAGUUGCCAGGCUACGCCCCAAGCAAUCGAGAGAUGUGUUAGCUUCCACGCAGGCAACAAACGCCGCCAAUGAUCGAGAUGUCGACGCAGGCGUUCGUACCCAGAAGGCGCCAGUUUUGCGGUCAAAACCUAGCAAUAGUUCCUUCAAGGAACUGCAGUCGCGCUAUGAACCAGCCCUGGCCUCCACCGCCCAAACCGAAAUUUCCGAAGAUCCUUCUCAAGCCGAUCCAAGGAGUAGGAAACCACGACCUUCCUUGUCCGAGAGAGUUCAAGAGACGCUCGCGCAAAUACCGCCAUCUCCAGUCGUCAACAGGCGAAAGUCAAGUUUCUUUAAUCCGGAAAGCCCAAUGCGCUCACCUUCGCGAUCCACCAAUGGAUCCAGACCAGGCUCGAGCUAUGAGAAUGAUGGGAAGAUGAGGCCGCCAUCUCGACAGACGGCAUCGAGGCCCGGUUCAAGCGCGGAGUAUAGUAGCCAGGCAGUGCCGAUCGACUUUCGUGCUUCGACGAAUACAUUCAAGCCUAGUUUGCAUACUCCAGUUAAACGGCAAUCAAUUCAAACGCUAAAAACCCCCAAGAGUGUUUCCUCUCUUCGCCUUGCAGCAUCAUCGAAGACUCCUGGGUCACCCAAUCCAAUCACUCCAUACAAGGCACCUACACCAGCCCUUGCGGUUAAAUCAGGAAGCAAAACCGUUGGAAGGGCUGUACGCCCACGGGCGUCAGUGACUAGUCUCUUCGAUGAACAGCCCUUUGAGCCUAUCAGGGCGGCAGAGUCGAAGGCCCUAAGGACCGUACGCCCUCGAGCAUCGAUUGGAUCGUUCAGUAAGCCUGCCCUAUCGGAACUUCCUAACGUGGGGUCUCCCAGGGCAAGUUUUGGCAUGAAGAAAGUAUCGCCUACGUUUUCAAACGCUUCAUCUACUAGUGCCUCCACAACGUCGCAUGCGUCAAAAGAAUCUGUAACUACUGUUGGAAGCACUCAAAACAAGGAGACGACCCCCAAGAAGUCAUCUAUAGCUCUUAGAGAGCAGAUUGCGAAAGCGAAGGCAGCGAAGAGGGCAGUGAUGACCAAGACUGCGCCUGUCGCACAGCCUGAAGGGUUUGCAGAAGAGGCCCCUGUGAUCCCAUCUGGCACGUUUGAUUUUGGUCUUGAGGAUCCUUUCAACCAGAAUACUCAGGACCCAAGCAAAGGUCUCCUCCGCAAGCGCAUUGAUGGUGCUCGCACAGAUGGCCGUCUUAACAUCGCUGCUAUGGGACUGAAGGAGAUACCUGAUGAGGUAAUGAAUAUGUACAAUCUUGAGAACAUCAAUGGCCAUGCCAGUUCAUGGGCUGAAAGCGUUGACCUGACUCGCUUUGUUGCUGCCGACAACGAGCUCGAGACUAUUGGAGAUGAUAUAUUUCCUGAUAUAGAUCCAAGGGACUCGGCAGACGAUGACGAUGCUCGCGGUAAUCAGUUUGGAGGCCUCGAGACGUUGGAUUUGCAUGGCAAUACUCUUAUUUCAAUUCCCAGAGGCCUUCGACGACUUGAGAUGCUAACUACACUUAACCUUUCAAAUAACAAGUUGCAAAACGACUGCUUUGAAAUCAUCUCGCAAAUUCCAAGCCUACGAGACUUGAAGAUCGCCAACAAUUUACUGUGUUCCGAGGCAAGCAGUGGCCUGCUUAGCCUCGUGAAUCUUGAAGUUCUGGAUCUACACAACAAUCAACUGUCGUCUCUACCUGCGGGAUUCGGCGACCUCGUCCGCCUUCGAGUCCUCAACCUUUCGGAGAACACCUUCACAUCCCUGCCAUUUAACGCCUUUCAACGCCUGCCCCUGACAGAACUUACUGCGGCAAACAACAAGCUUUGCGGCACCUUGAUACAAUCAAAUGCUGCUGAAUUUCCUAAGCUCCGCACCCUCGACAUAUCUGGAAACUCCAUCAAGGCUAUCUCCUCUGGCUCGCUGUCUCUCCCUUCGUUGCAGCUUCUAACUGUAUCUGCCAAUCGCUUGACUCAUCUGCCGAACAUGUCGACCUGGGUAUCGCUUCUCACGCUGUCUGCUUCGGACAAUUCGAUUUCCGCACUCCCCGAAGGAUUUGUCAGUCUUCCAAUCUUGAAGACUGCUGAUUUGCAGGGGAACGACUUGCGUAUACUUGAUGACAAUAUUGCACUGAUGGAUUCGUUGGAUACGCUGUUGGUUAGUGGUAACCCUCUUCGGGAGAAGAAGUUCAGCGGCAUGAAUACCGCAGAUUUGAAAAAGGUACUCAAGGGAAGGUUAGAACCAGAGCCCGAGCCAGAGCCGGAGACCAUCAUUGAAAUUCAGAACAACGGAUUUGGGGCUGCAAUUGCUAGAGACGACGACUCGGACACUGGAACCGAAUACCUGGAUGCACCAAGCACACCUACACUUCCACGAUCGCCCUCCGCAAGCGAGUGGUCGAUAAACACAUCCUUGGGAAUUCUAGACCGCUCGUACUCUCAGUCAUACUCGCUAAACCCGCUCGUCGCUGCACAGAUUGCGAGCGAAAACAAAAUCAAGACGAUGGAGCUGCAUCACAACAGUUUUACUGAGAUCCCAACAAGCAUUGCGUUCUUCGGUCUUACCCUGACUACACUAAACAUGUCACACAAUUCACUCACCAGUGACACCUUUAUGAAAGACGAAAUAGAGCUACCGGCGUUGAAGGAGUUGAAUCUCAGCUCCAACACGUUCAGUUCGCUCUCUCCAAUUCUGCGCUUGCUCUCUGCACCACGUCUUGAGAAGUUAGAUGUCAGCUUCAACCGCCUUACAACGCUUCCGUUCCUUCGAGGGGCGUUCCCAUUGCUGACGGCUGUGCUGGCGAGCAACAACACGAUCCGUGAGGUGAGUGCACAGAACGUGACGGGAUUACGGAUAUUGGACGUCGGAAGCAAUGAAUUAGAAAGGCUAGACGCACGGCUGGGCCUUGUUGAGUCGCUGCAGAGGUUGGAAGUGUCAGGGAAUAGGUUCAGGGUGCCGAAGCAUACUAUUCUGGAGAAGGGGACGGAGGCGGUGCUCGCAUGGCUGCGAGAUAGGAUUCCUGUCUCAGAGUUGGAAGAACUGAGCUGAUGAGCGAGUAAUGGGAGUUGUCUGAGUCCAGUAAUGUGGAGUAAUUUGGGGUGGAAUGGGAUAGAGGCGUCGGCGAUUGGAAGGUUACUGGCAGAGAAUACCAGGGAUGAAAGACGGGUCUAACUAGUAUAUAAUAAUGUAUUAACUAUUCAAUGAGGCUAUUCGAUAAAACUUUGGGAGAG